CUAAGAAUCCAAAUUAAAAACCAUUUUUUUAAAUAAAAAAAAAAAAAAGAGAAACGUCUUGAUUAAGAUGUUGACAUGAAUUGUGUUUACUUCCUCUACUCAUUUUCGACUAUGGCAAUAGUAGCUGUCAUUGCUGGGCAAUGUUUCUACAAUUACAAACUUCAAUUUUAUUUUCGUCUUCUUAAACAUUAUUUGUAAACUUGUUAAUCUGGUUCUAAUUAUUAGAAACUUUUUAGGGAUGUUUUUGGUUUUAUCUAUACGUAAAAUUUGUCUUUUCAAUAGUAGCAAAUGUCUCAGGAACAUUCAAAUUAUAAUGAUAUUAAACCCGUAAAUAUGAAUCAUGAUGCAUUUUUUUAUAUGAUUUAACUUCACACAACAUUUUUCUUGUUACGCAGGAAAAGUUAUGAAUAUCAAUUAAUUGGGAGUAUCUUUAAGGAAGUUUCCCUAAAGAUUAACCGUACAAUGUUAUAUGUUGCGGAUUACCCAGUUGGAUUGGAGUCUAAGGUGCUGCAAGUGAAUUCUCUUCUGAAGAAUCAGUGUGAUGAUGAUGUGGCCCACAUGGUAAGUAUACAUGUCAUUGGUGGAAUUGGUAAAAGCACUAUUGCUCGAGCCGUAUAUAAUUCCAAUAGUGAACAAUUUGAUGGUUUCUGUUGUUUUCUUGAAAAUGUGAGAGAGAAGUCAGUUAAACAUGGCUUACUACAUCUCCAAGAGACAAUUCUUUUUGAGAUACUUGGUGACAAUACAACCAGGUUAGGAAAUGUGUCGAAUGGAAUGUCAAUAAUACGUCAAAAGCUCUCCCAUAAAAAGGUUCUUUUGGUUCUUGAUGAUGUUGACAAAAUAGAGCAGGUUAAGGCUGUCGCUCGAGCACCUAAUUGGUUUGGUUAUGGUAGCAGAGUAAUCAUUACGACUCGAGAAAAAUCUUUAAAAAUACAUCCUUGGGUUAAAAGAAGUUAUGAGGUGGAGGAAUUGAAUGAUGAAGAAGCUUGUAAAUUGCUUAGUUGGAAUGCUUUCAAAACCGACAAAGUUGAUUCAAAGUACACCAACAUUUUAAACCGUGCAUUGCGUUAUGCUUCUAAACUCCCUUUGGCCUUGGAGGUAGUAGGUUCCAACUUGUUUGAAAAAGGAGAAGAAGAUUGCAAACUUAUAUUGGAUCAGUAUGCAAGAGUUCCAGAUAAAAAGAUUAACGACAUCCUAAGAGUAAGCUUUGAUUCCUUGGAUGGAAACGAUAAGGAUGUUUUUCUUGAUAUUGCUUGUUGCUUCGGAGGGUAUAAAUUGUCAGAUGUUGAAAAUAUACUAGAUGCUCACCAUGGUUCAUCAAUGAGACUUAGUAUUGAGUCAUUGAUUGAAAAGUCUCUCAUAAAAAUUGACAAUGACCUUGUGACAUUACAUGAGUUGAUAAAAGAGAUGGGUAGAGAAAUUGUG